AUGUCGGAAAUCUCGGAUGAUAAUGCCACCGAAACCGCUACAGUCGAACCUGCUGUUAAACGUCAACGAAUCCCAACCCAGAAAGGGUUUCAAAACACACUGUUACAGAAGACAUCGGACUUCAAUAAAGAAACAAAGGCAUUACAAAAGGCAAUCCUCUCUGUUCACGCGGCAUUGAGUGAGUCGGAAACAUCAAAGUUGAAGAGCGCAACAGCCCUUUUGGAGAAAAGUAAACAAACAUUUGAAAUCAGUCUCGGGAAUCUUAAACGUCUGUUCGAACAAGAUAAAUGGAAAGAAACUGUUGACGUGGAGCCCGUUGUAGAGCGAACAAGUUACACACAUAUUCAACAAGCAGAAGCCACAUUAUUGGAGGCGGCUAAAAAGCUUAGUAGCGAGACUAAAGAAACGUCUUCGAAGAGAUCUGGACGUUCAGCUUCGGGGCACUCUGGUAGAUCUAUGCGAUCUCGCGCAUCGUCAACUUCUGCCCGGAUACAAGCCCUGGCAGAUGCAGCGGCAGCAAGACGUCAAGCCGAAUAUGAUUUAUUAAUGGCUGAGAAAGAAAACGCGAGAAAACAAAAGGAUGCACACGACGAAAGAGAGAGAGCAGCCACGAAAGCACAGCACGACCACGAUAUGGCAGUCCUAGCCGCUAGAAAACUUACAGCCGUGGCAGAAGCAAAACUAAAUGCCAUCGAACGAACUAUAUUAAACGAAAUAUCCUCUCCAAGCAAACUUGACGAAGACACAAGUGCCACUUCAAGACAACGUACCAAAACAUGGGUGCAAGACCAGAAACAAAACGUGGCUCCAGACACUAAUCUAACCAAUGUCACCGGUAGUAGAAAGCUCGGCGUUCGAUUUGAUGAUCAGCCUCGUCAGACGGAUCCAAUUGCGACUGAUCCUGGUUCAGAGCAGUUACCACAACAAAUCCUCAUCGGUUCCCAUCGGUACCCAGAAAUCCCCAUCGGUCCCCAUCGGUACCCAGAAAUCCCCAUCGGUACCCACUAUCCACAACAUACCCUCGAGUACACCCACUAUCCACAGCAUACCCUCGAGUACACCCAUCAUCCCCAUCAUCCACAACAGAACCCUGUUCAACCUUACCCACCGUAUACAACCGUGGAACACGACCCAGCUACAGUGGUAAACGAAUGUUUGGGGGCCGUCGCAGCAACCAACGAUAAAUUGACCGCCAGUUUAGCAAGAAUAAGUCUUCCUAAAUGUCACCCCGACAUAUUCUUCGGCGAUGCGACUAUGUUUCAUCCGUGGAAAAGCUCUUUCAAGGGUAUGAUUAGCGACUCUGAGAUAACCGCAGAACAAGAGAUGAACUAUUUGCACAUGUACACUAGGGGAGCACCACAGAAAUUGGUGAACAGUUUUCGCAAAAGACAAUAUGGCGACUCGAACAAGUUGUUGAAAGAACUCUGGGUGGAGCUAGAAAAUCGUUUUGGCAACGUAGCGAUCAUAACCAAUACACUACUGACGCGAUUGAAAGAGGCUGCAAAAUUCACUGACAGGGAUAAGAAAAGUCUGCAGGCGUUUUCAGAUCUGUGUAUCGAUGUGUCUUCCCAGAUUAAGCAACUUCCUGGACUUGCCUGUCUGAACUAUCCACACACCAUCCGACCAAUUUUAACUAGUUUGCCAACAUCUAUUCCUUCCAAAUGGGAGAAAAGAGUUGUGGAGUUUGCUGAAAAAAACGCUGACACUUAUCCUGAUUUCCAUGCUUUCGCCAACAUGAUGAAAAGCCAAUCUUGCUUACGGAAUUAUCCUAACGUCACAGCCACAGAUAUGCCUGGAAAGUGGAAAGAGAAACCGAAAUUCGAAGACCACCAUACCAUCUUGAAGGGAGAAAUCGAAACGGAAGAACAGGAAGAUGUUACUAAACAUUGCGCCUUCCAUGACAGACAAGGACAUAAUCUAUCAGAAUGCAGAGCUUUCGAACGUAAGUCUUUGCAAGAGAAGACGGACUGGUUGAGACAAGCUGGACGUUGCUUUCGAUGCCUGCAAUCAAAUCAUCUAGCUAGGGAAUGUAAAGCCAGCAUUAAGUGUAACAAAUGUGGAAGCAAGCGUCACUUGGAUAUACUUCACAUGGAGAAGUUAAAGAAGAAAGACAACACGGAAGAAGAUAUAACAUCAGCCCGUACCAACGUCAAAUGCCAACCAAUAUCUGGAGUCUCCUGUAGCAAGAUUGUGUUACUCGAAGUUUUCCAACAAGAUGAACCCGAUCGCGUUAUUAAAGUAUAUGCCUUGAUUGACGAGCAAAGCAAUUCCUCCAUGAUAUGUCCGAAGUUAGCAGAUGAGCUUAGAAUAGUUGGACCCAAGGAGAAGUACUUCUUAUCUACGUGCGGUGGAUCAAAAGAAAUUAGAUAUGGCCGACGCGUGCCUGGAUUGGUGGUAAAGUCAACGAAUGGAAUUUCAAUGCCAUUGCCGACCUUGGUAGAAUGCGAGAAUAUUCCUACAGACAAACGGGAAAUACCAACACCAGAGUUAGUUAAGAAAUUCCAUCAUCUGCGAGAUAUUGCCAAAGAAAUCCCGCCGUUGGACCGGAAAGCCGAGGUUGCCUUACUCAUUGGCCGGGACGCUCCUGAACUGAUGAAAGUCAGAGAAGUUCGUAACGGACCGAUAGGAACACCUUGGGCGCACAAAUUGGCUAUUGGAUGGACUGUCUGUGGAGAACUGUGUCUAAGACGUGAAGGUGGGCCUGUCCAUGUGCGAACGCAUCGUACCGUGUGUCAAAAGUCGUCCUAUCCAGAAAUAGACAAUAUCCACGUGGAACCCAAAGUAAAACCAUUGGCCAAUUCCUCCCACGAGAUCCUGCAUCAUGAAUACAUUCCAUGCCCAAACAUGUUCGAGAUAAAAGAACCUCGCGAAAAAUUGGAGGACAACCGGGAUGACGUCUUUCGCACAACGAGUCAUGAUAACGAGCAGAGUAUGUCCGUAGAAGAUCGGCGCUUCAUAGAAAUAAUGGAAACAGGUAUCCAUAAAAACAAUUGGGAGAUGCCACUUCCCCUUCGAAAGACCAAUGUCACUUUCCCAAACAAUCGAGGUCAAGCCGCAAGUCGUAUGAAUAAUCUGUUGCUCUCGUUCAAACGCAAACCUCAAAUGGAAAAGGACUACUUUCAAUUCAUGCAGAAACUACUAAAACGGGGACACGCCAUACCAGUUCCGCUCAACAAAGUAACGAAGACAACUCAUGA